AUGACUGAGGAGCAAAACCGAAAUCCAAACAAAAUGAUGUCGAAUAAGCUCUUUAUCUGCAUAAUAUGUUUCUUUGUUAUGGGAAUUGUUUAUGCAGCAGCGCAGAUGAUCUUUUUAAUUCCGCAAUUGAGGAACACGGAACUUUCCAACGCCCCCUUUAGAUCCCAAACAACAAUGGAGAGUACGGGUCCGAUUCGUCCAAAUCUCAUUACACGAUGGACAAAGUUUCAAGCGCAAGAACAUCCUGAAAAGUAUGACAUGGAUGAUGGGAUUGUUGUUUUGGCGGGAGCAUCCAGGAAGAAGCCCAAAACUAAUCUUCGAAAGGGAGUCGAGCAAGAAUUGUAUAGCGACAGCAUUGUGGUAGAGACGGAAAAGAAGAAGCAAGAUCAAGUCAGUAUUCAAGAACCGGCCAACAAAUCCUUCCAUCCACGUGUAAAAGUGGAAUUGUUUUUGGAGAGUCUGUGCCCUGACACCUACCGAUUUGUGAAAGGCCCGUUAAGCAAGGUGGCUCACGAUCCUUAUAUUAUGGAUGUGAUAGAUCUCCAAAUAUAUGUUUCCGGAAAGUCAACCCAGAUCUCGCAAGACCCUCCUCAGUUCAACUGUCAGCAUGGUCCUGCGGAGUGUUAUGGCAACUUGGUAGAGAACUGUAUCAUUCGCCAUACGACGUCAGGUGACGCGGUGGACGUGAUGAUCUGUCUCUAUGAGCGAAGAAAGUUCGACGAGAACAGCCUUAGUAUUUGCAGUAAGAACUUGGAAGAUCCGCGAGGCGUGCGAGAUGCAGUAAUGGAGUGUAUUAAAGGAGAGGGGAAGUUCUUGAUUCAGAAAGCUUACGACCGAACGCCCAAGUUGGGUUAUGUCCCUUCGAUGCGUAUCAACAAAGGUGCGAUUGUGCCUGCCUCUACCAAUUUAAAGGAUGUGAUUUGCAAUGCUUGGACUGGAGAGAAGCCUCCAACUUGCACAUAA